AUGAAUGACUACAAACUUGAAGAAAACCCUGUAACUAAGGAGAGAACUUUCAAGAGAUUUGCUCCAAGGAAAGGCGACAAAAUGUACAAAGAAUUUAAAAAAUUCUAUUUUUACUCUGAUGCUUACAGACCUUUGAAAUUCGCGUGUGAAACGAUAAUAGAAGAGUAUGAAGAUGGAAUAUUCUCACUUCUCGCCCAGGAGGCAGACCAUCUAGCUGACAAGCUGUGCAGUGAAAAAUCAGAUCUGUGUGAACCUUCUUCCACUAAUCACAUUGAACUCUAG